AUGCCACGUACAUACGAUGGUCCAACGGGAGAUGUGAAUACCGCAUUUGUGCAGAAAGUGCGGGAUCUGCUCGCAUCCACUUCUAAUAGUAAUGGAAAUAUUACAGCAGCACUGCAGGCCUCACCGCUCUAUGAUGCCAUUCUUCGCUUUACAAGAUCAGAUAAUGCGAAACAACAACAACAACAAGAGUCAACAUCAUCUAAUGUAGUUGCAGAAAAACAACAAUUGACAACUACGUCAUCAUCAUCAUCAUUGUAUUCUUCUGCUACUGCUGCUACUACUACUCCUGUUGUACCAUUAUCCAUUGCACGCCGUGGAGUUGGGCCGAGGGAUCCUCUUCUGCAGCGUAAACUUAAAAAACAACAACAACUUCAACGACAAGAACAAUUACCACCAUCAUCACCUUUAUCUACAUCAUCAUCAUCUAAUCUUAACAAGGAUGCUAAUAGUAGAAGUGAAGAGAAUGAGGAGGAACAGCAGAAUCCACAAAAGGUCUUACAUUGGAGUAGACGCCCAUUACAGGAGAUGACAAGUGCUGGAUGGGACGUAUUUCGAGAGCAGCUGGGUAUUCACAUAGAGGUAGUGGCCCGUCGAUGCACCGCACAACAACAACAAGAUCAACAACAACAAGAAAAAGAACAACAACACCAACACGCAACGACAACAACAACAACAUCUAUGGUGAAGUUUAGCAGUGAAAUGCUCCGUCCAAUACGUUGCUGGGAGGAGGCACGACUCCCAUUUUCACUUGGCACUAUUGUUGCCCGCCGUUAUGUGCUGCCGUCGCCAAUUCAAUCUCAAUGUGUACCUCUCGCCAUGGCCGCGGCCCCCACACCGAGUGGAAAGAUUGAUGUGCUCGGUGUUGCGGAAACCGGCAGCGGCAAAACAGCUGCAUAUUUAAUUCCACUGCUUGCCGAUGUAUUACACCGCACACCGCGACUGAUUGGAAAUGAUGAAUUGAUUGCACAUGGGCCUCUCGCUCUGGUGGUGGUGCCCACACGUGAACUUGCGGAGCAGGUGACGCGAGAAGCCCUUGGCUUUGUGCAAGGAGCCUCCGCAGAUGAGAUACGACGUCUCGUACAAGAAGAAUAUAAAAUGGAUAAUCCACAGCAUUCUAAUCAUAAUGGUAGCGCUAACGUGACGGGUAAUAAUAAUAAUAAUAAUAAUAAUAAUAAUAAUAAUAAUAAUAAUAAUAAUAAUAAUGUGAUGCAACUACACAAUACACUGGAUGAGAUUCGUGUGGUGAAGGUGGUUGGUGGUGAGGCGGCGGAUGCGCAGUAUGAUGCCUUAGCGGCCGGUGCGCAUGUUGUGGUUGGCACACUUGGGCAAUUGGAUGCUUUACUGCAACAGCGACUACUCGCAUUGGGCAACACACACUUCGUCGUAUUAGAUGAAGCCGAUCGCAUGAUUGAAGAACAACAAACAGAACGUCUAGUGGCAGUCCUGCAGCGAUGUCCACUACCGCGACAGACUAUUAUGUUAACCGCCACUUUGAGUGCGGCUUGUGAAGAUGUGGCUUGGAAGUAUUUUUCACCAAAUGGAUUUGUGGUGGUGCGUGUGCCCCAUCGCUGUUCCACCAUUACGCAAGUGUUUGAAGUCAUGCCGAGUGAUCCAGGCGUUGCUGGAAUAACGACGACGUUAUCUUCUCAUCAUAAUAAAGAAGGAAGAGGAGGAGGAACAUUAAAUAAACAACAAGAACAAGAAGAGAAGGCUGAACAACAACAACAACAACAACAACAACAACAAGUGGAACGACGACGCAAUCCACUACUUCAUCCAUUGAAGUUUACAAGACUUGUGACUUAUUUGGGUUAUGCAACUGGUCCAAUCGUGGUAUUUGCGAAUGAGAAGCGUACAUGUGAUGCCUUACAUGAUGAGUUGCGUGCAGAGGCGGCCCAUCUUGCCGCACUAACAGAGUCUUUUUCACUAGAGACGCUUGUAGGGGAAUUACCACCUGUUUUGCGUCCAAACUCACAACAACAACAACAACCAUCACAACAACAACAACAGGGACGUCGACCAAUGUUGAGUUUAAAUAAUAUGCGCUCUGUGGCUUUGGUGCAUUCCGAGCAGUCACAGACGGAGCGGCGACGACUUGUGGAACUCUUUCGUCGUGGCGAACGUCGAGUACUUCUCACGACAGAUCUCUUGGCACGUGGUUUAGAUGUGCCAAACAUAUCGCUUGUGAUUAACUAUGAUAUGCCCAUGGUAGAUACUGUUGGUAAUACUGCUAAUACGAAUGCAGGUGAGGAGGCGGUGGAGAAAUAUAUUCACCGUGUUGGACGUACGGGUCGUGCUGGGGCGAGUGGCGUGGCGGUGUCUUUUGUGUGUCUUCCAUCUGCAUUGAUUCAACGUGCAGAGCAUUAUGUAUUGCGCAGCCUGUCAACAUCUGGUGAUGGCUCCAACAAACAACAAAUGCAGCGAAUCACAGUGCUGCAAACCUCUGCGAAGGCGAAGGCACAAGAGUUAGAUAAACGCGAAUUAACAGGAUCCAAGAACAAAGAUAAUGACAUGGAUGAUUUCAUCUUACAACCAUUAGAUGAGGAGGAAUAUGAUGAAGAUGAUGAAGAUGGAAAUAAUGGUGAAGGGGAUGAUGUACAUGAGCCACCGCGAGCACGUCAACGUUUUGAGGAUAAUCAACAUUUACAAGAUGGAACUGUGAAGGCGAAUGAUGUUACUCCAUCAUUCUCACAUGAUGAAUUACUCUUGCGGCCGCUGUGGAAUUUUCUUGUGAGUUGUGCAGAAGCGAAUGGUGCUGCCGUGCGUGGGGCUGAAUUAAUUCAGCAGCAACGAUGUCGUUUAAUUCAAAUGUCUCCAGUGCUUGCUGCAUUGAUGACUGCCUUUGCGCAACGUUCCCCACACGGUUCCAUCACCACCUAG